UGGAAUUAGGAAACGAACCUCCUGGAACUUCCGGAGAAUUCUUGGUGUUCCUCUCUGGAAGCUCCCAUUCUACUUCGAUUACCUUUAUAAAUAAUGAAAAUCCAUUUACUCAUGCGUCAGCACAGAAUCGAAGCUAUUGAUAAGAAACCACAUUACAGAGAGAAGAGAAGAAGGAAAUGGAUAUCAGGUUGAUGGAUUUGGAUUCUCCAUUGUUCAACACAUUGCACCGAAUUAUGGAUUUGACGGAGGACGCUGAGAAGAACUUGAAUGCGCCAACGAGGACAUACGUGCGCGACGCAAAGGCAAUGGCUGCAACACCUGCUGACGUGAAGGAGUACCCUAACUCAUACGUGUUCGUGAUCGACAUGCCUGGGUUGAAAUCUGGGGACAUUAAGGUGCAGGUGGAGGAGGACAACGUGCUUCUCAUAAGCGGUGAGAGGAAGAGAGAGGAGGAGAAAGAAGGGAGCAAGUAUCUGAGGAUGGAGAGGAGGGUUGGAAAGUUCAUGCGUAAGUUCACGCUUCCUGAGAAUGCCAACACGGAUGCCAUAUCUGCGGUCUGCCAAGACGGUGUUCUCACUGUCACUGUCAACAAGUUGCCUCCUCCUGAGCCCAAGAAGCCAAAGACUAUUGAGGUUAAGAUCGCUUGAGUUUCUUCAAUGAGAACCAGUUAUAUGUCCCUGUUUUCGAGUUUCUGUGUGCUGCCAAUGUUUUUGUAAGUUUUCGUUUAUGCUUAUUUUGCCUAUCACACUGUAAUGCAAUCAUGGCUGAUGUGAUGCAUGCUUCUAUAUGAAUUUCAAUUUCAAUAAAUCAUCAAAUUCUAAGUGUUAAA